CCCCCCGCGCCUGGCGGCGGCGGCGGCAGCAGCGACAGCGGCAGCAGUGGCCGCGCAGCCCGCGGCAUGGAGCGGCGCCUGGGCUAAGCCGGGCGCGCACGGGCCGCCGCAUGUGCCGCGCGGGGGGCUGCAAGCGGGCGGAGAGCGAGAGCGAGGGCCCCGUCGGAGCGACCGCCGGAGCAGCGCCGGAGAUGGGAGAGCAGCCCAUCUUCACCACCCGUGCGCAUGUCUUCCAGAUUGACCCCAGCACCAAGAAGAACUGGGUGCCUGCAAGUAAGCAGGCUGUCACUGUUCCUACUUCUACGAUGUCACAAGGAACAGCUAUCGGAUCAUCAGCGUAGAUGGAGCCAAGGUGAUCAUAAACAGCACAAUCACACCGAAUAUGACUUUCACCAAAACGUCACAGAAGUUUGGGCAGUGGGCAGACAGCAGAGCCAACACGGUGUUUGGUUUGGGGUUUUCUUCUGAGCAGCAGCUGACAAAGUUUGCAGAGAAGUUCCAGGAGGUAAAAGAAGCUGCCAAAUUAGCCAAAGACAAGUCCCAGGAGAAACUCGAGACCUCCAGUAAUCAUUCCCAAGAAUCUGGGUGUGAAACCCCAUCUUCUACUCAGGCAUCCAGCGUCAAUGGGACAGAUGAUGAAAAGGCUUCUCACGUGGGUCCAGCUGACACUCAUCUCAAGUCUGAGAAUGAUAAGCUGAAGAUUGCUUUGACACAGAGUGCUGCCAAUGUGAAGAAAUGGGAGAUCGAGCUGCAGACCCUGCGGGAAAGCAAUGCCCGGCUGACCACAGCACUGCAGGAGUCAGCAGCCAGUGUGGAGCAGUGGAAGAAGCAGUUCUCCAUCUGCCGAGAUGAGAACGACAGGCUCCGUAACAAGAUUGAUGAGUUAGAAGAACAAUGCAGUGAGAUAAACAGGGAGAAGGAGAAGAAUACCCAGCUGAAGAGGAGAAUUGAGGAGCUGGAGUCAGAACUCCGAGAAAAGGAGACGGAAUUGAAGGAUCUCCGAAAACAAAGUGAAAUCAUACCUCAGCUCAUGUCAGAGUGUGAAUAUGUCUCUGAGAAAUUAGAGGCGGCCGAGAGAGACAAUCAAAACCUGGAAGACAAAGUACAGUCUUUAAAGACUGACAUUGAGGAAAGUAAAUACCGACAGCGUCACCUGAAGGUAGAAUUGAAGAGUUUCCUGGAGGUUCUAGACGGGAAGAUUGAUGACCUCCAUGACUUCCGCCGAGGCCUCUCCAAGUUGGGUACAGACAACUAGGGCCCAGCACAGGCCUGUGCCCUCGAUCAUGAGUCCCACAAGUGUGUGUGAUGAAAUAGGACUAGGAUGUUCUCCUGUUUGCAUUGCUUCUGUAAAUGCAGGCGCAGUUUGUCUGUUUCCAAACCAGUUGUGCCGUCCACUCACUCCUCUCCAGAAUAGAAAUCUCUCACUCCUCUGGCCUCAUGAGGUUGUGGACAACUGGAAGAUUCUGACUCAGGAAUCCAGAACUAGGUCUACCUAAAACGUUUACGCAGUCAGGGCAGGGAUGUUUAUAUCUUUCUUAAGGGCUGUUGCAACCAUACGAACCGAAAAACAAGGUAAUUUUCUAAUUCAAGUAUCAGUGUCCCCUUUACAACAGGCCUUUUUGCUCCUUUUAUUCGAUAACAUUCAAAGUACAUGAUUGUCCACCAGGCUUCAGACCAUGGGGCAAGGAGGGAGUAACUUCUCUCAGAGUAAACACUGAGAUGUUUUAAAGCAACCAUUUAGUGUGAUGACUUAUCUGGAGAAAGAAAGCAAGUUUCUGGGUAAAUUUUCUGGUAUGGAAAUCGCUUGUAUCCACUAUACCCCAUCCUCUCAGUUUGUACGGUUGCGACAAUAUUCCCUUUUUUUGUUUUAAUUUCUGAGCAGUUGCUUGUGCUGUGGGAACAGCACAUGGUGAGGGCGCCAAGCACACAGUGCCUGGCACAAAGUAGGUGCUUAAUAAAUAUUUGCUCAAUUAAACAUUUAAACAGAAUUUAGUGUUUUAAUCAAAUCCCACAGUAGAGUUCAGAGCCCUGUUGAAUGAUACACCAUCUUUUUUGUGCUGGGUAGUUAUCAGGAAUGAAUCUUACUAACUGUGAUCGAACUUGAGGCUCAGGUGGCCCUGGGGCAGGAAGACCAAGGGUAAGUUACCAGCAGAAGCAUCAGGGGCUGAUGUGAGGUCUCCUGAGAGCACAGCCAUGGUGCUUUGCCCCUGGCACCACCACCUACUCCAGGCAUGAUGUCCUGGAGCCUGAGGAUUCCAGAACACUGGCUGCCAUGGUAUAGGGGCUACCCAGGGGUUCAGAGUAGGGUGGGAUCCUAUGCUAGGUUUGGACAAUUGAGAAAGAAAUUGUCCAGUCCCAUGAGGGUGACAGAGUUUGCUCAGCUGGCAACCUUGACCUUAGCAACAGAGAAGCUCUGCCCCGAUUUGCCUCUUGCCUCAGUUCCUGCUAAGAAGGGCCUGGAGCCAUAAACCUUUCCUCUGAUACAGAGCUUCUCAGUGGGGCCAGUGGCUACUUUAGUGCCAUCGGCAUCCUUCAUUGGGAAAGACUGCCUGUGUGUGGCAAGAUAAGUCCCUAGCCCUAUACAUUUCUAAAUGCCUUGAGCAUAAGAGACUCUGGUGUUUCCUUACCUCUCUGAGAACCACUUAAGGGAAUUUGUUCCUCUAGAAACUUUUUCUCACAGGGAAAUUCUUCUUGCUAAAUUUGAAUUAAUGAGAAAACAGCCUGAGAAGUGGGUGGGGUCCAUAUGGACAUGACCCAACCCCAAGGUGAGUUGAGUCUGCUGCUCCCCUUCCCCUGGCUGAAGUGUCUGAGCAGGGAAUUUUUGCCUGGGAUAGGAAAGGAAGGAAGUCUGGUGAUUUGGAGCACCAAGGUACAUUAGGGGAGACCCCACAGGCUAAGUGAGGGCCUUGAAUACACAGGGCUCUUAGGUCAGCCCUGCUAUGAUUCAGGCAAAGGAGCUCCUGGCCCUGUCCUCUCCCCAGAGCUCCCAUGGCUCUCAAGACAGUUGGUUAGCAGCUCCCUACUGGCUGUGCCCGGAGACCAGAAAGCUGGGCUGGCCAUAGUAUGGUCCUGGGGCCCAGCAGUGGGAUAAAACAGAUUCUUAGACCAGCCUGGUCCACCCACCAGCAGCCUGGGCAAGUGGCUGCCCAAGAGCAGUGGACACUGGAAUCCCAUACACCCUUGACUCAAAUCUUCAAAUGACCACCACCUGUGUCCACAGGCAACUUAUUAAUCUAGAAGGAAUGCUCUUGCUGACUAGAGCAUGCACAAAUGACAUAGUCAUCAGAGGAUAAUUACCAAAGCCACUUGUUCAUUCCCAAAGCAGUGACUUGAGAAAAUGUUGGAAGCCUUCACACAGUGGGUUGAGGCACAUGAUACCCAUUUAUCAAACCAUUGAAGAGUUUGGCCAGUAUCUUGUAGCUAAUAGGUGAGGAGCCUCGAUUCCUUGUACUUUUGGGGCUUGUCUAGCCCUAGAACUGCUGCAGCCCAAGAGCUAAGAACAGUAAGGGCUCCUUUAAAGGGAGAGUCGGUUCUGCAGUGAAAGCACAAAACUUGAUUAAGCACUUUUAUCCCUUCAACUUUCCUUUAAAGCCCAUAUAUUUAUUUACUUUGUUUCUUCUUCCCUUUUUUUUUUUUUUGGUGUGUGUGGUUCUGGGGAUUAAACCCAGGGGUGCUCUACCACUGAGCUACAUCCCAGCCCUUUUUCUUAUUUUGAGAUAGGGUCAGCUAAGUUGCCAUGUCUGGCCUCAAACUUGUGAUCCUCCUGCCUCAGCCUCCCAAGUUACUGGAAUCACUGGCAUGUGGACCACACAAGGCUUCAUUUACUUUUCUUUAAAAAAAGGAAGGCCCAGGAACAAGCUUGACUGUGAGUCAAGGGAUUGAUCUUGUUGGGCAACCUUUGGCACUGCGAACAGUGGACUCAGUACAAUGAAAAUAAUCUGACUUUGUCCCUACUUUCAGUUGAGCUGGUGUAACAUGCCCUCAUUAUGAUGUCCUUCCCAGUCACUAGGCUGUUGUCAUGACUGUAAGCCAUGUACGCUUUUCCCUCACAGCUAUUGCAGCCACAUUGUAUUGCCUGGAAGAUGUAGAACCACAACUGUAUGAUCAGUUUCCACCUGAGGUGUCCUGGUUUUGACAUCUCCAAGACUGGCUUUCUGUACCUUGAUUAGCUUUCUUUCUUCAUUCAUGAAACCUGGGCCUAAAAAGGUGCCAAGUAAAACUUUAACCAUGUUGAUCCUUAAAUUUAACUUUGCUCUCCAGUCAAGAUCCAGCUGGAAGCAUUUCCUAGAUGGGGUGGGAAAGAGAGAGGAUGUCUUCCUGGUGCCCAGGGAUUGUAAACUCACUAGAGUGGCAAGUUGAGAGAGCACCACCAGGCCUCAAGGGAAAGAGAACCUGAGUUCACUCAAGACUCUAUCUCUGUACUCCUUCAAUUUAUCAUCCCUGUAUGCCAUCACUUUAGAUCUCAAACAGAUAAGAGAAUGGGACAGAGAUUGUUGCCUGCAUUUUGCAGAUAUCAAGUAGGGACAGUGACAUGCCAGGUUUACUCAGGUGUGAUUGGCAACAUGGUCUCUGUAUCCAGGUCUCCUGGACCUUGGUCUACUAUUUUUCUAUGAGCCAUGUCACUACUGUCCCUUUGGUGACCCUUGGGUGCCAAGAGGGGAAAACUUGUAUUCUCAUAAGAGCACAUUGCUAUUAUAUUAUCUUAAUGCAUGUCCACAGCAAAAGACAAUUUACAAGGAAUCAAAAUUACAUUUAUGUUCACUACAGAUAAUAAGUUUCAUUUUUGAAUGAUUCUGGCUUUUUAGGGAUCCUUCCAAGAGAGUAUCAGUUACAAUCAUGUCCAUUCCCUAAGAGGCCAUUAACAUAGAAUUAUCUUGAGUUCUUUAUGGAUGGCUUUCAUUGAAGCAGGGUAGUCCAUUGAAAACAGGUGGAAGGCCCUGAGAUUGCAGAGACCUAAAUAGUAUUCUGUUAUGGGGUCACCUGUCCAGGAGAUGAGCCAGUGCUGGGGAGGAAGCAGACUUGCUCAGUGCUUAGAGCCAGUCACAUGGAGCCUGACCAAUACCCAGGAAGACUGUCCUCAGGGGGCAGCUGAUCUCCACCCUGCAGGCUCCAUGAGCACAGUCUUCAUGAAGGUGGUUGGCAGGAGCCUGACUUGUAUGUUCCAUGCUCGAUAAGAUACAUCAAAUAAAUACAGUAAAUGUGCUGCCCAGAAGAAUCAUGGUCUGUCACUUUAAAAGAGUUCUUUUCUGUAGACAAGUCCCCGUUUCUGUAGAGCCAGGAGCAGUUUUGGACAAGAGCCAAACACAGGGCAUGGCAGGGACCUUAUCGUGGGACCUUACAUGUGACCAGGUGUCUUCUUGGAAAAAAGGCAGCCACAAUGUGACUUUGGAGCACUUGGAGGCUGCCCUUUAAAAAGGAACCAGUUUUACUCUGUUAAUAAAUGAAAGUGAGUUGUUUGUCCAUUCAUCCUUCUAGAAGUUAAAAUUCUUCUAUUCACUGGAAACAUCACAGGAUUUUGAAGCUUUUGCAAUACAAACUAGAAACUUGCAAAUUGGUGUCCACCUAUAUUUUAAAGUAUAUGCAUGGUUUAAACAGACCCUAAUUUCUGAGUACACAGCUUUGCCAAAGAAAAAUAGCAUAUGCUUUGGGAAUAGUUGGGGUGAUGGCAUAGAGAGGAAUUCUUUAGAGAAAUAUGUUAUUUACAUAUCUUUUCCAUACACCUAUCCCAAGAGUACAGUUCCUCUUUAAAUUGGCCUGGCAAGAAAAUGGUAAGAAUUUUGAACGGGAUGAAAUGUAGUGAACUUAGGACUCUGUGUGUGUGUGUGUGUGUGUGUGUGUGUGUGUGUGUGUGUAUUGGGGGAGGAAGCAGCAAAGGGAAGUAGGAAAAAUAAUAAGGGAAGAGUUUUCAAUAAAAAAUAUGUAUACUUAAGAGGAGUCUUUAUUGGAAUAUUCCUAGUGGUGGUGUUGUAUGUUCUGGAAUCUAUUUACGAGGAGUCCAUGGGUCUUUGUUUCGUUUUGAGCAAUUGUAUGGUGCCCUACUCUCUUUGAUGGUGCAGAGCUUGCUGCAGAGUGGUAUCCUAGGCCACAGGGACCCCAGACACAUCUGGCAGGAGCCCAGAGCAACCACGAUGGAGUCCAAACUCUUGUACAUUUCGGCAGGUGAUUGGCAGGACUAAUGAUAUGCAGCUGUGGGGGAUAUGUUUCUGUGUUUACCCUCUUGUACCCUAGUAGAAAGCCCUGACUUUAGACCAGUUGUUGUAGCAGUGUCCCAUGAUGUGAAAGAAAAAAAGACAUUUCUUACAUCAAAUAUAAGAGUGUAAUGAUAAGAAUAGGGUAGAUAAGUGGACCCUCCCAAGAGUACCUUUCUUUUUUCCUUUUUAAAUGAUUUUUAGGUACAUAGGUAAAGUAUACUUAAAAAAAAAAAACAAACUUAAGAUAAGUGAAAAGAAAAAAACACCUUUAUU